GUGGAUCUCGGGGUGCUUCAUUCGCUCAGCUUUGCCCUGAGGUGUCCGUGGUCAGAGCCAAGAAGGGGUCACUGCUGCAAGAUGUGCUCCAGACAAAGCGGGUGCCACGGCUGCGGCUGCUGCUGCUGCUGCCAGGGGAGCAGCUACCAGUCCCAGGGCUCCUCCGGCGGGGGAGGAGGCGGAUCCUGCUGCGGUGGAGGAUCCUCCGGCAGAUCAGCCCAGAAGAUCAUUAUCAGCUCUGGCGGUGGAGGAGGCGGAGGAGGAGGCUCCUCUGGAUGCUGCGGUGGAGGAUCCGGUGGUGGCUCUUCAGGAGGGAAGAUCAUCAUGGGAGGGGGAGGUGGUGGAGGUUCCUCCGGAUGCUGCGGUGGCGGAUCCGGUGGUGGAUCUUCAAAGAGCAUGAUGGGAGGUGGAGGUAGUGGUGGAUCCUCUGGAUGCUGUGGUGGGGGUGGCAUGGGAGGAGGAUCUGGUGGUGGAUCUUCAGGAACCAAGAUCAUCAUUGGAGGUGGAGGCAGUGGAGGUUCCUCCGGAUGCUGCGGUGGAGGAUCCAGUGGAGGCUCUUCAAAGAGUAUGAUGGGAGGUGGAGGUGGUGGAGGUUCGUCUGGAUGCUGCGGUGGAGGAUCCGGCGGUGGAUCUUCAGGAUCAAAGAGCAUAAUGGGAGGUGGGGGAUCCUCUGGAUGUUGUGGUGGAGGAUGCUGUGGUGGCAUGGGAGGAGGAUCUGGUGGUGGAUCUUCAGGAACCAAGAUCAUCAUUGGAGGUGGAGGCAGUGGUGGAUCCUCUGGAUGCUGCGGUGGAGGAUCUGGUGGUGGAUCUUCAAAGAGCAUGACGGGAGGUGGAGGCGGUGGAGGUUCCUCCGGAUGCUGCGGUGGAGGAUCCGGUGGUGGCUCUUCAAAGAGCAUGAUGGGAGGUGGAGGCGGUGGAGGUUCCUCCGGAUGCUGUGGUGGAGGAUCCGGUGGUGGCUCUUCAAAGAGCAUGAUGGGAGGUGGAGGCGGUGGAGGUUCCUCCGGAUGCUGUGGUGGAGGAUCCGGUGGUGGCUCUUCUGGGACAAAGAUCAUAAUGGGAGGUGGAGGCGGUGGAGGUUCCUCCGGAUGCUGUGGUGGAGGAUCCGGCGGUGGCUCUUCAGGAUCAAAGAGCAUAAUGGGAGGUGGAGGAUCUUCUGGGUGCUGUGGUGGAGGAUCCGGUGGUGGCAGUGGGGGAUCAGCCCAGAAGAUCAUUAUCAGCUCUGGUGGUGGAGGAGGAGGAGGCUCCUCUGGAUGCUGCAGAGGGGGAUCUGGUGGUGGCUCUUAUGGAGGGAAAAUCAUCAUGGGAGGGGGAGGCGGUGGUGGAUCCUCCGGAUGCUGCGGUGGCGGAGCCGGCGGCGGCUCCUCGGGACAGACCAUCAUCAUCAGCUCUGGAGGUGGCGGCGGAGGCUCCUCCCAGCACAAAUGUCCCAUUGUCAUCCCCAGUGUUGUGUCCCACCAGACCAAGCAGAGCUCCCACUGGCCAUGCAGCCAGAAGUAACAGCCAUGGGCAUCUCCGGUUCCCACUGGGAACAGCCGAGUCUCUGCAUUCCAAGUUUGCUCCCGGCACAUCCCCUUGCCUUGUGUUCCCUCGGUGCUGCAUCCCUGUGCUGUGAAUGCCCAGGUGGCUCCUCUGUGCCAUAAAUGUGACGGAAAAUAAAGAUUUCUGUGCACGGACAGAA